AUGGCAACCAUCCAAAUUUCAGACGACUCUUUGAGCCUCCUUCAAGAUAAAGUUGUCUUGAUUACCGGCGGCUCAUCUGGAAUCGGAAGAGCUACUGUGGAACUAUGCCUCAAGCACGGUGCCACUGUCAUCGCCAGCGAUAUCAACCCUCCCCAAGCCGACUUUGAAGCAACAGACAAGUUCAAAUUUGUGAAAGUCGAUGUUACCUCAUGGGAAAGUCUCCACAAUGCAUUCGUUCAAGCCGAGAAAUGGUUCGGUCGAAUCGACCAUGUUUUCGCCAACGCAGGCGUGUCAACAACAACCGAUUUCCUAGAUGGCAAGCUUGAUGAUAAUGGCGAACUUGCACCUCCUAACUUACGCACAAUCAACGUUAAUCUCAUUGGUGUCCUCAACACCGUGCAUCUUGCUGCGCACUAUAUCCAGAAGCACUCGACCCACCGUGCGGAAGGCGAACUUGGAAGUAUAGUCGUCACCGCAUCUACAUCGUCUUUCCAAAAUUUCAGUGCUGGCGACUAUACUGUUACCAAACAUGGUGUUUUGGGAAUCAUCCGUGGGCUCGAGCAUCAAAUUGAGGGGAAGGUGCGACUAAACGCUGUUGCACCGUCCUGGACUGCAACGGGGAUGAUACCGUCGGAUUUCAUUGAAUCUCUCGGCGUUGGAGUCCAAACACCGGAAGCUGUAGCCCGAAGUGUGGCUCUAUUGUUUACUGACCAGCAGCGUCAUUCUGAGGUUAUUUACAGCUGGGAUGGGAAGUAUCAAGAGGUCAAUAAGGCAAAGGGUGGGUUGCUUGAUGCUUCGGAGAAACUUUUGGUAAAUAUAGCCAACGAGGAAACGGUUAUGAGGAAGCUUAGGAGUUAA